CCAAAUGGACGUCGAAGAGUCGCCAUGGGCUGAUUCCAGCCAGACCCCCCCUGAGCCGCCCGCCGAGAGCGAGCCCGCCGCUUCCCCGCCGGCGACAUCACAGGCCUCGACGACGACCACCUCGUCGGCGCCUCGCCCGUCGCGCGCCCCCCGCCGCAUCGUCGCUCAACCUACGAAGCUCGAGGCCGUCGACGAUCCGCUGGGGCCGCUGAGCGCCGGGCCGGGCAACGAUGCCGCGUCCGACGCCCCGCCGGUGCCGCCGCAGAAGGAGCAGAUGGUGAUCCGGACGACGAUGGCGCCGCAGCAGCAGGCGAGACGCUCUGUCGGCGAUCCGCAUCUUGUCGAGGACGACGACGGCCUGGACGGUCCUCGAGGCCCGCGGAUGCCCCCGCCUGUGGAUGCUGCGCGGCCCAGCAGCGUGAGGAGCAGCACGCAGCCGAGCGUCAGCGUCGAGGAGGCGUCCAAGCCGACGUUUUACAUUACUGUUGGAGAUCCCGUCAAGAUUGGUGACCUGACGAGCUCGCACAUUGUCUACUCCGUGCGGACCAAGACCACAUCUAGAGCCUACAAGCAGCCCGAAUUCGAGGUCAAGCGUCGAUACCGAGACUUCCUCUGGCUCUACAACACCCUGCAUGGCAACAACCCCGGAUACGUGGUGCCGCCGCCGCCCGAGAAGCAGGCUGUUGGCCGCUUCGACAGCAACUUUGUCGAGAGCAGGAGAGCUGCGCUGGAGAAGAUGCUCAACAAGAUUGCCGCCCACCCCGUCCUCCAGCACGACGCCGAUCUCAAGCUGUUCCUCGAGAGCGAGGCCUUCAACGUCGACAUCAAGCACAAGGAGAGACGGGAGCCGCUGCCCUCCGAGAGCAAGGGAGUGCUGGGAUCUCUGGGCAUCAACGUCGGCGGAGGCAGCAAGUUUGUAGAGCAGGACGAUUGGUUCCACGACCGCAAGGUGUACCUUGACGCCUUGGAGAACCAGCUCAAGGGGCUCCUCAAGGCGAUGGAGACCAUGGUCAGCCAGCGGAAGAUGAUGGCCGAGGCCGCGGCUGACUUUUCGGCCUCUCUCCACGCGCUGUCUACUGUUGAGCUGUCGCCGUCACUAUCCGGUCCGCUCGACGCGCUCUCUGAUCUCCAACUCACCAUUCGCGAUGUCUAUGAACGUCAGGCUCAGCAGGAUGUCCUCACAUUCGGCAUCAUCAUCGAUGAGUACAUUCGCCUCAUCGGCUCGAUCAAGCUGGCGUUUAGCCAGCGCCAGAAGGGCUUCUACGCCUGGCAUUCGGCCGAGUCAGAGCUCCAGAAGAAGAAGGCGACGCAGGACAAGCUGCUCCGUCAGGGGAAGAGCCAGCAGGACCGGCUGAACCAGAUGAACGCCGAGGUGCAAGAGGCGGAGAGAAAGGUCCACCAGGCCCGACUCCUCUUUGAGGACAUGGGCCGCUCGAUGAGGGCCGAGCUGGACCGUUUCGAGAAGGAGAAGGUGGAGGACUUCAAGAGCGGUGUUGAGACGUUCCUCGAGGGUGCUGUUGAGGCCCAGAAGGAGCUGAUUGAGAAGUGGGAGACGUUCCUGAUGCAGCUGGAUGCCCAGGACGACGAGUCUGCUUUCUACCGACCGCCCGUUUACCAGCCGAAGCCUCCUGGCAACACUGUCGUUGACCGCGCCAGGGCAAGGAUAGACGAGGAUUCGGACUAA